AUGGCGCUGGGAUUAUUUUGUGGCAUAGAGGAUCUGCUGGCCUCUGGAAGUCAGUUAGUGUGGACUGUGGCUGAACAGGUGCUGAGGAGAUGCUACAGUGAUGGGCUUGUACCCUGUAGGAGGUUCCUGCAGACAUGGUGUCAUCUGGGAGAUGUCUACCAGAUGGCAGAGGGCCGGCUGUGUCAGGUGCUUCUGCUAGAUGACAGGCAGCUAGAACUGCUAGUCCAGCCAAAACUGUUGUCGCGGGAUCUCCUGGAUCUGGUUUCAUCGCAUUUUAACCUAAAGGAGAAAGAAUACUUUGGAAUCUCCUUCAUUAAUGAGAAGGGGCAGACGAACUGGCUUCAACUGGAUCGCAGGGUGCUGGACCAUGACUUUUCCAAAAAGUGUGGACCUCUUGAGCUCAAAUUCCAAGUCAGGUUUUACAUUGAGAGUGUUGCAUAUCUGAAAGAUGCUACCACCGUUGAACUGUUUUUCCGGAAUGCUAAGAUAUCUGUCUACAAUGAAAACAUUGAAGUGGAGAGUGAGAUCGUUUUUAAGUUAGCCGCAUACACUGUUCAGGAGGCAUGCGGAGACUACACAAGUGAUGAAAGCACAAGAUCAGACUUAAAAAAGCUUCCAGCUUUCCCCACUGCGGUAUUGAAGGAGCACCCAUCAUUAGCAUUUUGUGAAGAUAAAGUAAUCAAGCAUUAUAAGAAGCUGAAAGGCCUCAGUCGUGGACAGGCUAUCAUACGGUAUCUGACCUUAGUUGAAUCCUUGCCCGCAUAUGGAGUUCAUUACUACAAAGUGAAGGACAAACAGGGCAUACCGUGGUGGCUGGGGGUUAGCUACAAAGGCAUUGGCCAGUACGACCUGCAAGACAAGCUCAAGCCACGAAAGCUCUUUCUGUGGAAACAGCUUGAAAACCUGUAUUUCCGAGAGAAGAAGUUUGCUGUAGAGGUCAAUGACCCUCAGAGAAGAACAACUUCUAGACGCACAUUUGGUCAAUCUAGUCAGGUCAUCUACGCGUGGUAUGCCAGCCAUUCUCUGAUCAAAACCAUCUGGGUGAUGGCCAUCAGCCAACACCAGUUCUACCUGGACCGCAAGCAGAGUAAAGCUAAAAUAACUACAGCAAGAAGUUUGGGUGAUAUUGCCAUGGAUCUCACAGAGACUGGUGCUCCAAGGAACAGUAAGCUGGUCAGCAUGGAGAGUAAAGACAAGCUCAUCAUGGCCAGCAAUGGAAGUUUGGUCUCUUCCAAUUCUGGAGACAAUGAAGUGAAUGAUGAACAGAAGAAAGAGAAGAUUGCAGAACUGAAGAACAAACAGGAGAGCAUAAAAGAAAUUCUGGCACUCAAGGAAGAAGAGCUGAAGAAAAUUUGCCUCCGGGAAGCUGAGUUGACCGGUGUGUUACCUAAGGAGUAUCCUUUGGCACCAGGAGAGAAGCCCCCUACUGUUCGAAGGCGCGUGGGAACUGCUUUCAAAUUGGAUGACCUUUUCCCUUAUGAUGCGGAUCCUCAUUUAAGAAACCUGGAGAGCUGCUUUGCACUCCAGAAGAAGAUUGUGGAGGCAGCGAAAAAACUUGCCUAUGAAAAUGAGCUCUGUAAAACUGUGAAGAAGAAACGCAGGAGAAACCUUUUGGACGCUACCAAAAAACUCCAGGAGAUCGAAAUUAAGAUUAAUGAUUACAGAGUGAAGAUUGGCAAGGAGCCCACGCAAAGAGCUUCCGUCAUCAUUGCUGAUGAUGUGAACCUUGACAGCCUUUCUGACUGCUUGAAUUUGGAAGAUGAUGAGCUAUCGCAGAGACAACGUUCACGUUCAGUGCAGUAUUCUCCACGUCCCAACUCGUCAAACUCCUUCGCUGCAUCAUACCAUUCAGAUCACAUAGAUCACGCCAAUGAUGACUACCAGGACUGCGGCAGAAUAAAUUAUGGUGAAGUCCAAGAACCUGUGGCCUAUAUACACGGAGACGCCUUAUCGACACACAGCAGUCCCUACCGUCAACCCUCACGCCAACCCUCUGACUCGCGGAGCAUGCCCCCCACCCCUCAACUUCCCCGCAACGCCUACAGCAGCAUCCAGCUCAGCACUCAUUUUCGGCAACGCAGCGGCAGUCUGGAAUCUCAGUCACAGUUCGUUACGGAAAGCGAGCCAUCCGAGCCCGUCUUCACCAUAUCUCCUCCUCGUCGUAGCAAUAGCACUGAGAUACUUGACGAUGGUUCCUCCUACACCAGCCAAUCCAGUGUGGAGUACUCUGUACCCGGCUGCCAUUCCCGUGCUAAAAACCGCCAUCGGCGGAGGCAGGGUAACAUAUACGCCAACACGGGCAGCAUGCCUAACCUAGCACAAAACGAGACACGGGGUUAUACACCCCAACCUCACCAACAACCAACCACCACAGCCUAUUACGUUACCGGAUAUCCACGGUACAUCGAACCUGAGGUGUACCCAAAUGGACCGUACAUGUACGAGACUGAGAUGGAAGGACACUAUAAUGUUAACCCAUCCUACUACAGACAUGGCCCUCAUGGGAACUAUGGCCAGGACGAGAUGGAUGGUUUGGCUCAUAACCUUUAUGCCACAUUAAGGCCAUCAAGGAACCGUCCUCCAUCCAGGAAUGAGAAUAUUGUCAAAAACAUGCAAAGGGGUGAAGUGGUGGAACACUUGCGUGGUUGGUACAACCGACAGCACAGACAACAAGGGUAUGAUACCUACAGGGGACCGCAGCAGAACCUGGGCUACAGGACCAUGUCAUCGAGUUACGUACGCAGUGACAGUACAACUUCCUACUCGACAGUGGGUUCGGGAAACUGGCACGGUCGACCAGUCAUGGCAAUGUCAGAGUACGAUAUGCCUCCCGCACACCAUCAGUCCUACGGCUACAACACUGCCCAUUACAGCCAACCGUUACACAGCAGCUCGCACUCUACACGUGCUUGGCACUACCCCGCCAGCCCUCAGUACUAUCCUCCUCAUUUCUCCCAAGCUUGCUCUUCCUCCCUCCCUCCUCCUCCUCUUCCUUCUUCCUCCUCUUGCUAUCAGAUGAAGCAGAUGGGUUUGUCCCCGCCUCAAACUGGUGGUGCAAGACAUGCAAGAGUUAAUAAAGCUUCAUUUGCUAAGUGUAGCCCUUGAUAAUCCUACAUAGAUGUGAACCACCAUGAUUCACACACGAGCAGCCCAAUGGACAGCAGUUUUGACUCUGAAGACCAGCA